AUGGGGCACCAGCAACCCCACGCCCGAGGCUUUGUUAACAGCGGGCAGCGCGUGGUCAAGCCGCGGCGUGCGCCCCGCCGCCCCGGGCAGUGGAGUGGUCGUGUGGUCGUCGGCUGCGGUCGAGAAGACGCGCCCCGCGGCAAGACGCGGCCGCCGGCGGCGCUGCAGUCGCCGUAUCGAGCGCGGGAGGCGCCGCCGCGCCCCUCCGCCCCCGCCGCCACCACCGCCCCCUCGCCGCCCCCCGCGUGGCCCCGGGCGGUGAUUGGAGCGCCGCGGCGCACGCGUCUUGCCCCCGCCCUGCCGCCGCCGCCCCCGGGGGCAGCUAGCGCGCUGCCACCGCCAGCGCCGCGGGCUGCGCCGCCGCCGCCGCCACCACUGCCUUACGCGCACGCCGUAUUGAGCGCCAAUCACAUUCCUCCUAUCAGCACACUGCUCCCGUGCCGGCUGUGCGGCUGCAGCCGGUGGCCACCUGACGCGGGAGAGCCGCCCCCGGCGCCACAGUAUCGAGUGUCGGCCGCGUUAUUGGCCGUGAAAGCGCCGCCGAUCGCCGGCGCUGCCCCGGCAGACCCGGGCCCUCUGUAA